AUGGAAAAUUUAGAAUAAUCAGAACAAUAAGUCUAACCAGAGUAGUAAGAAAUAUAACAGUUAUAAUAAACAAAUGAGUUUUAAGGAUAAUUAGAGAAAUAAGAAUAAGAAUAAUCAGAGUAAUAAGAGUAAUCAGAGUAAUAAGAAUAGUUAGAGUAAUAAGAACAAUAGGAAGAAUAAAAUUUAAACUAAUAAUAAGAGUUGCAAAAGCAGAAAUAGGAAUAAUAAGAGCAAAAACAAUAAUUAGAUUAAGAAGAACAAUCUAAUUUAUUUUAAAAUAUUAAGGACGGAACUGCUAUAGGGGGAGCUGCAGCAGGGGCAGGUGCAGUUAUCGUUAAGGGUGGAUUGGCACUUUAUGGUUUGUCUUCCAUAGGGCCAGUUGCAGGAAGUCUUGCUGCAGCUACAUAAGCCAGCAUUGGAAGUGUAGCAGCAGGAAGUGCAUUUGCUGUAGCUUAAGGAGUAGCAAUGACAGGAAUUACAACUCUUGCGAUACCAGCUAUUGGAGUAGGUGUAAUAAUAGGAGGCGGAUUGGCUCUUUUUAAGAAACUGUUAUGGUGA